UAUAGAAUGAAAUACAACCAUUCACAGCCAAAUUAUAAGUUGAUUAAACAAUGCGUUUUACUGACAGUUUGGAGGCUGGUAUUCAUCAACCAUGGAGGGAACAUUAUAUGAAUUAUGUGAAACUGAAGCACUUUCUGAAAGCUGAUGAAGAAUCUCCUGUAUGGGAAGAAAACGAUGAAUCACGUUUCGUAUCUGCUUUAGAUGACCAGUUGGAAAAGGUAUCUGUGUUCCAUCAGAAGAUUUGGGAGGAUUUAAAUGAAUUGCUAACCGGUGUUGAAACCAUAUAUGACUCUUCUAAUGAAUUUACCGAUGCAACUUUGACAAAUGAGGCUCGUUUAAAAUUUCUAGAGCAAUUGGACUCUUGUACCGAUUUAGUUAAAAGACUGGAAAAGUACACUCGGUUAAAUCUUACAGGUUUUUACAAGAUCGUAAAGAAACAUGAUAAAUUACACAGCGAGUAUUCCCUUCGACCUCUAUUACAAGUUAGGUUGCGUGCUUGCUCGUUUGGUAAUGUUCAAUAUAACCCAAUAUUGGCACGCAUCUUUUCUCUUUAUAACCCGCUUCGUACAAGCCUUUCCGGUGAUCAAUUUUCAUCAAACCCUCGUCGUCAUAAUCAUUCUUCAGACGAAAAUGUUUACCGCAGACGAACAUAUCGUUUUUGGGUCCACCCUGACAAUCUCAUGGAAGUAAAAACAUUUAUUAUGAGGCGCUUGCCAGUUUUAUACUACUCUGGUAAACAUGGCUUUGAUCGAGACCGUUCAGCUGUGUCUGGUAUACUUGAUCCAAUUUCAACUUGUCUUUAUUUUGAUAAUCCUAAUUUUGACUUGUAUACUCAAAAUCUUGAACGAUCUGAACGUGCUUUUUCACUACGCCUUCAUUGGUAUGGAAAAUUGAAUCCAAAGACCGAUAUCAUUGUAGAACGCAUGGUGCGCGAAGGCAGCAGUUUGUCUCAUAGUGAAGACCGAUUUGUUCUACGCGAGAAGAAAAUUAAUGAAUUUUUGAAAGAAGCUUAUGAACCCGAUGAAAAAAAGAGCAGAGACGAUACUACUGAAGCCUCUGAUUCUUCUCGUAAAAAACAGCUUACGGAGGAUGUCCAAAAGCUUAUUGGAGAAUAUAAUUUACAACCCGUUUUGAGAUCCGUUUAUACUCGUACGGCUUUCCAGAUCCCUGGUGAUGAUUCUGUGCGCGUGAAUUUAGAUUCGGAUUGGGUAAUGAUUCGUGAAGAUUCAUUUGAUCAAGAGCGACCAUGUCGUGACCCUGUCGAUUGGCACAGACAUGAUAUUGAUGAUGCCGAUUUCCCUUAUAAACAUCUUCGUAAGGGUGAACACUUUAGAUUCCCCUAUAGCGUACUGGAGAUUCGCGAAUGUUUAAAACCAGAUGAAGAGGAGCCAUUGUGGAUUUCCGAGCUUCGUGGUUCUCACUUAAUUUCCGAAAUCGAUGGAUUUUCAAAGUAUGAGCACGGAGUGGCAGUUUUGUUUGAAAGAAAUGUUCCUCUUUUACCGAUGUGGUUAUUUUCUAUGGAGCAGGAUAUUAGAAAAGAUCCUCGAUCUACUUAUCCGAUUUCAAAAGAUAAUUCCAAUUCAAGCAAUAUCUACGUAAAAAGAAGAGACGAAACUAUUUUUACUGAUGAAACGCCCCCAAAGACCUCUAAAAAGACGCCAGUCGUACCCCGACGCGCACAAGCCUCUAAUGCUCAGAUGGCGGCGCCGCAAAUCCAACAUUUUAAGCAUGCUCAUGGAGAUCACUUUAAUAUAAAAAGUAUACCUGGUUUACUAAAACCAUCUACAUAUGGCUCAAUCUAUCGUCCUGGCAAAACUUAUACGACACCCCCUCAUAUUCAGAAGCCUGAAGUUCCUCUUCGGGUCAGCGGUCCCGUCAAAGUAGAGACGAAAGUCUGGCUUGCUAACGAACGAACAUAUUUGAAUUGGUUACAAGUCGUCGUUCUAUUUGGCUCCUUGUCAUUGGCUUUGUAUAAUAGCGCCGGUGAAGGUAUAGGCCGUGUUUUUGGUAGCAUCUAUGUACUACUUGCCGUAUUAAUGGGGAUGUAUGCUUGGAGGCUUCAUGCUAAGCGUUGUCAUUUGAUUAUGACUCGUAGCCCCGUUCCGAUGACUGAGUAUUGGGGUCCUCUACUUGUUGGUGUUGCUUUGGCUAUUUCGUUGAUUGCUAAUAUGGCAUUUGCCUUAAGAGGGGCUGUUCAGCAGAAUUUGAUUGAAGAUGAUCAUGUUCUUGUGCAAAUUUUUUGCAAGCAGUUUUUCUAAAAGUUAUCGUGAAGUUAAAAAUAAUCUUCUCGAUAAAUUUUUGGUUUUUUUGAGCCAUGAUUAAAAGUCAUUCACUAGAAUUAAUGCAAGCAUAAUUACAAACUUUUACUGUCUCCAUAAAGGCUUAUAUUUAUUUUUUGUGAUUAUUUAAUAAUACGUUCUGGGUUUGCUCACGCUGUUUGUUUAAGUAAUAUAAUGAAUGAAAGCUAAUGUUGCUAGUGUACAAAAACUUCUGUUCUGUA